GUGGGGCCCCGGUUGCGUUGCCGGGGCAGCGGUGGGCGGGGCAGCUCGGGAGAGCGGCGAGACCCGGAAGCGGCGGCGGGACCCGGAAGCGGCCGGCGGUUCCCGAUCGGUCCGGAUCCCACAGCCGCUCCCGGCGGCGCACCCCGAUCCCGCCGGGUCCCGCGUCCCGAUCCCGGCGGAUUCCGUACCUCGCGGGCCCCGGGCAUGGCGGGCCGCGGGAAGCUGAUCGCGGUGAUGGGCGAUGAGGACACGGUGACUGGGUUUCUGCUGGGCGGCAUCGGGGAGCUGGACAAGCACCGGCGGCCCAACUUUCUAGUGGUGGAGAAGGAGACGAGCCUGGCCGAGAUCGAGGAGACGUUCCGGGGUUUCCUGGCGCGGGAGGACGUGGGCAUGAUCCUGAUCUCGCAGGCCCUGGCGGAGCAGAUCCGGCCGGCCGUCGCAGCCCACGCCCGGGCGCUGCCCGCGGUGCUCGAGAUCCCCUCCAAGGACCACCCCUACGACCCGGCCCGGGACUCGGUGCUGCGCCGCGCCCGCGGGCUCUUCGCACCUGAUGAGCUGCGAUAGAGCCCCCCCAGGACCCCCCGAGCCCUCCCGGCACUGCCCCAAAUCCCCUCAAACCUCUCUCUAAGCUCCCCCAGACAGUUCCCCCAUACCCCCAGUGUGUGCAAGCCCCCAUAGCAUCCCCCAAGCUGUGCCCUGUGCCCGUGGCCUCUUUGCACCCAGCCAUGGGUGACGGGCACCCACAGGCAGUCCCCAACCACUCCCCCAACUCCUUCACACUCGACAACCUGUGGUAGCCCUCCCUGGUACCCCAAAACAGCUCCUGGCACCCCACAGGAUCACAAGCUGGGCCUGGGAGUCUUCAAGGAAACCCACCCAGGGUCCCCCAGCCCACCUGGGGCAGUUGUGUCCCAUGCCGGGCUGUCCCCAUCCCAUGAGGUCCCCAGGCUGUCCCAGGGUGCUGUUAGGGGUCCCCAGGGUGUCCUUGGGGUGCUGGGGGGCUGUGGUUGCCCCGUGGGUCUGAGGGUGACACGUGGGGUGUCUCUGAGCGUGCUGGGGCAGCCCCAGGGACCUUGUGGGUGACCUGUGACUGUGUGUCAGCCGUGUCCCGUGAUGGGGAAGUGCCACCACCACAUCCUGCUGAAUCCUGCCAGAUCCUGCCAGAUCCUGCCUGUAGGCAGGGAGGGACACCUGGGGGGGGCAAAGGAACACCCCAAGGACACUGGGAGUUGUCACUGUGACCUUGUCACCAUUCCUGCACUCCUCAGCCCCAGCAGAACCUGGGGGGAAGGUUAUUUAUUGUCCUCCCCCAGUGCCCAAGUGUCACUUUUGUCCCCUGUGUGUCUCCCUGACAGUGUCCCCAACAUGUGCUGACACCA